AUGACUAGCAAUAUAGCUGAGCAGCUGAACAACGCUUUGGUGGAAGGGAGGACGUCUCCGAUAAUGGAAUUGAUAAUAUUCAUUCAGAGGAUGAUGACAAGGUGGUUUUCUGCUAGGAGAAAGAAAGCAGAGAAGCAUAGGGGGAUUGUUAGUGUGGAGGUUGAUAAAGAGAUGACCAAAAGUAUGGCAAUAAUGAAGGGUAGCAAAGUGAACUCGGUCUCUAAUUGGACUUGUGAAAUUGUGGGAAAGUUUAGAAGAAAGGAGCGUGUGAUGCUUGCUGAAAAGAAAUGUGAUUGCAAGUAUUUUGAUAAGCUACAAAUUCCCUGUGGUCAUGCAAUGAUUGCUGCUGACAGUUUGGGAGUGACAUAUGAAACAUUGGUGGGUCACUGGUACAAGACAACGACUUGGAGGGAGACAUAUGCUGGUAUAAUUAAUCCGGAGGGAGAUCCAAGAGAUGUGGAUGUUCCUGAACACGUUAAGGAGAUGGUGUUGAUGCCGCCCUUAACGUCGAGGCCAGCAGGGCGUCGUAGGAAGAAUAGAAUCCCCUCUACUGGUGAAUUCCCGGUGUUUAAGAAGACAAAGCUGAUUCCUAAUAGGUGUGGAAGAUAUCGUGGUGUAGGGCACAACAGGAGCCGUUGCAAUGAACCCAUAUAG